AAUCUAAUCAUCACCCUAAACACUCACAACUCGCUGUGUUCCCAAGAUACUCGUUUAAUCCAUCAUUUUUCACCUGAUAAUUUCACAAGCACCCAAGUGGUAAGUAGUAGCGCAAGUGGACACACCCCCGUGGGCUCGAUGAACUCAUAUUCUUUCACAUUUAUCUUGUUUUGGCUUCUUCUUCGCCCCAGUCUUUGAUUUUCUGUUUGACUCGGAAAAAUAUAUAUUUUUAAUACUACUCCACGGUAACAGCCUUUAUUAUCGAAGAUAGAUACGAAAUACUUGGUGUGUGAAAUCCUGGUCACACAAAUUCAGAAGAUAGCUUUCAUUUUAUAUUUUUCUUCUUCUUCUUCUCUUAAGCUGUAUUCCCCUGUUUUAGCAGUGUACGCCUCUUCAAAGCCAUCAUCAACCCAAGAACCCCUUUCUUCUUGUCUCUCUCCUCUGAUUCUUGGUGGGUUCUUGUAAUCUUAGAUUCUUAAAGAGAAGAGGUUCGAUUUCAUUUCAUUUGAUUUCCCGUUUUUUCAGAUUGUUGGGUUUCUUUCAAGCAGUUGAGUCAAAUCUUUUCUUUCAUUUUGGGGGAUUUCUGUCCACUGUGUUGAGAUUCGAGAUUCACAAGGUCGAAGCCCGUGGAAAAGUGGCUUCUUUCUUUCAUCGUCUGUAUCAUUAUUUUAACCGACCAUUUUUUCAAAUUCCAAAUUUCAUUUUUGUUUCUUUUAGAAUUCGACAGUUCCCUUUGUUGCAAAAAGGAAAACAAAACCAAAACAUCAUUUUUUUGUAUUAAAUAAUGUCUCGCCAGAUAAUUUUUAGGACCCCAACGUCCGUCCAACGGCGGCAACCCUUGCUGCAAAGCGGUUCUUCUUCCAAUUCCUUCUGUUCCUCCAGUACCGACGACGGCGGAAGUAGCAGCAGCACCACAAGGAGCAGUUCCAGGAAUAGUGCCAAGUUUGGGGAGUUUUGUGGGGGUACCACAGCCGAGUGUGCGGUUAUUUGUUGCUGCUGUCCUUGCACAAUAGCAAACCUCCUAGUUUUAGCAUUUUACAAGGUUCCAGCGGGGCUAUGCCGCCGUGCUCUCCGCCUGAAACGGCGGCGUAAGUUGAGGGAAAAAGGGUUGCUUCAGCCAAAAAACCACCGGCCUCAUUGUGGAAUUGAAGAUAAUAGCGAGUUGCAGAUUCACACAGUGGUAGUGGAGGAUUUUUUCCCAGAUGUGGAGGCUACUGAAGAAGCAGAGAAAGCGGUGAUGGAACUGGAAAAAGAGAUGUGGCAAAGAUUCUAUGGUACUGGAUUUUGGAGAAGUCCUUCUCAGAGAGAAGGAGAGCCACCCAGAAUUAAACAACUUUAACAAAAAUAAAAACAAACAAUUCCCUCUUUCCUACGAUCUGGGUGUAUAUAUUCUUCAAUGAAGAAAUAUUGUAACUGGCAAGAUUUUGAUAUCAUCAACGACAUGUAUGUAAAUGAGAUUGUGAUUGUCGCCUUGAAAGUUUUUGUUGCUUGUUUUUGGAUUCUUGAUAUGGGUUAACAUUAAUUCUACGGAAUUUUUGGAUAAUAA